CAACUUGUUAGUUAUUUGAUAUCAAGAAUUUUAUAUAUACGUAUACUUGUGUUACUGUUUUAUUCAUAUUUCAGUUUAGUGCAAGUAUUGUGUUGUAUUAAAGUUGGUGUUGAAGGGUAAUUGAAAAGGUGGUGAAUUAUAUUGAAGAGGGACAAGAACUAACGUUGUCAAUGCCAUUGCCAAUGAUGUUUCCUGGUCUUAAUAGAGAGGGAGAGAUGUCAGCUAUGGUCUCUGCUUUAACACAUGUGAUAUGUGGUGAUCAGAACAAUGAUGGUGGUAGUGAUGGUUAUAAUGUUCUGAAUCAGAAUAUGAAUCACAAUGCAUUUGAAGGAGAUGGUAUUGAUAUUAAGCCUUUUGGUUCUUCUUCAACUUCUUUAUCUUAUGGUGGCAAUUCUGCACUCAAGAGAAGGAGGGAAGAUGGUGGAUUCUUUGACAAUUCAUCUUCUCCUAUCCCCCAAAUUAAGCACCAAGGUGUAGAAUGUUCAAGCAACUGGACAAACACAGUAACAACAACAACAGGAAGGAGCCAAGUUGAAGAACAAAUAUAUGAAUACAGAACAGACAAUAACAAUGUGAAAAAUGAAGACCAACCAAAAAGAAAAUACAGAGGAGUAAGACAGAGGCCAUGGGGAAAAUGGGCAGCAGAGAUAAGAGAUCCUUUCAAAGCUACAAGAGUAUGGUUAGGUACAUUUGAAACAGCUGAAGAUGCAGCUAAAGCCUAUGAUCAAGCUUCAUUGCGUUUUAGAGGAAACAAAGCAAAACUCAACUUCCCUGAAAAUGUUAAGCUCAAGCAACAACAAUCAACACCGACCCAUUUGAACAUUUCACAUUCUAAUAGUGCCCUUUUGUCACAUCAACCUAGAACUGAUCCUGAUCCUAUAGUUCACAAUGAAACUCUUCAUACUUUGCAAAGUUCAAACAAGUAUUAUGACUACUUCAAUGGUCAAAACUUUCCAAUGGCUUCUCUUCAAACUUCAGUGUCACCGUCAGCUUCUUAUUCUUCAAGUUAUACAACUACUACUUUUGCUUCUUCUUUUAGUUCCCCACAGACAACUUCUUCAAUUCCUUCGGGUUUGACAGCAUGGCCUUCUGGAUCCUCUCCCUCAGGGUGAUUAUUUGAUCAAUUUCAUUAUUAGAAUUUAGAAGGGUUGUAUUUCGUUAGUAUUUACCUUUUUUUUGGUCCCCUACCUAAUAUUAUAUAUCGUUGGGGGUGAUGGAGUAGCUUGGAAAAGAAAGAGGGACAAAGCAAUAUAAAACUAAUAUAAAAAAAUGAAUAAAUUAGACUUUCUUGAGUUUAUGCUAUUUUAGAGAGGGAAAAGUUAUUGUUUGCGUCUUAGCCCGUUAUUUUACAUUGUAAAAAAAUGGAGGAAUGGAGAUUUUGUUUCAUAUGAGCGGAUGAAAAUUAAUCAAUUUUAUCUUAGCCCGUUUUUGUUUUUUUUUGGCUUCACUAUUCCACUGAA